UGAAUAAAUAUGCUUUCAAUUAAUGUAUGGUUUGUUAGGAUAGAGGACAAUAUUUGGUCAAGAUUUAACUAUUUGAAAAUCUGGAAUCUGAGGGUGCAAAAAAUCAAAAUAUUGAGAAAAUCACCUUUAAAUUGGUCCAAAUGAAGAUCUUAGCGAUGCAUAUUACUAAUCAAAAAUUAGGUUUUGAUAUAUUUAUUGUAGGAAAUAUACAAAAUAUCUUCAUAGAACAUGAUCUUAAUAUCCUAAUGAUUUUUGGCAUAAAAGAAAAAUGUAUAAUUUUGACCCAUACAGUGUAUUUUUGUCUAUUGCUACAAAUAUACCCGUGCUACUUAAGACUGGUUUUGUGGUCGAGGGUCACAUUUAUUUAUUGGCCUGAUGUCUCACAUGGGAUGCAUUUUAACAGCAUUCUUGUAGGUUGAACAGCACUGCAUGGCACUAGCAACACUAAGAUCAUGAAUUUAAUUCACAGUGAAUGCAAAAACUGCUUUGUCUUGAUUGGAAUAAAAGUUUGGAUAAAAGCCUCUAUAAAAUGUAACCCUACGUAACCCUAAAAGAUGUCCAAGUACAUUGAAUAUACCAACAGUGACGCUCUGCCAGACCAUGUGAGCUCUAAAUUGGCAACACAUUAAUACUAAAAAUCACCUACGACUUAAAUGUAGGAAUGGAUUAGAGUGAAUUAUAGCUGCACCAUUUUGGACAUCAGUCUGUGAACAAGAUAAAAAGGUAUUUAACAGGAGAUCAGGCCGCUCUUAGACCAGCGGGCUAAAAUUAGACCUGGUCCAUGAGGUUUAGAUGUCGCCAGUACUUCCAGUGAUUGUUGUUGUUGUUGUUGUUAUGUCUGCAAUAGUUUACAGUCAAAGCUCAGACCCCGUUCGAUUAGCAUAUUGUCAGGAAAAUGAAAAGCCACUGGUGACGACUAACUGGAUUAAGAAAGCUUGAAUGAGGAGGUGCCCGGAGUGUAACCAACGGUGAUGUGAGAGGGAUUUCCUUUUGUCGGCUCUGUGCCUGUGCUUUCCUUGCCUUCCAGCUAAUCCUCAGCUAUUCUCACCAACGACCUUGGGCUCAAUGCUAAUCUGACCGGAGAGAGAGCGAGAGAAGGUCUACAUGUCUUUAAGCCUUCAGAGCCCGUGUUAUGGGGAGCUUGGAUGAAGAACAUGGUCUGUCUGAUGCUUACAGUUGUUCAGGUAUGAACGGCCUCAUGUGUAGCAGUCAUGCUCUGUGAGGACUCACCAGCUGGUCCGGAUUCUGUUAUUCUGGUGAAACCGGAUGCUGAGACCUUCACGGAUCCUGUACAGGAGGUCAUCCAUAGCAGCACUUAUGUUUCCUCUGUGAUUCCUACACAGGGUGGCAUCAGUCUAAACUCUGAGGAGCCGUUCUGUCGUAUCUGUCAUGAAGGCAGCGGCGCGGGCGAUCUGUUAUCUCCCUGUGAGUGUGCCGGCUCUCUGGCGAUGGUGCACCGCGUUUGUCUGGAGCGCUGGCUCACGGCCUCCGGGACCAGCUGCUGUGAGCUCUGCCACUUUGAGUUCGCUCUGGAGAGACUUCCCAAACCAAUCACUGAGUGGUUCACCACACCUUCCAUGCAGCAGCAGAGACGGACGCUGUGCGGGGACGCAAUCUGUUUCCUGUUCAUCACACCCUUAGCGAGUCUGUCAGGCUGGUUGUGUGUGCAGGGAGCCAUGGAUCUGUACUACAGCAACGGCAUGGAGGCCGUGGGACUCAUUGUUCUCACACUGACACUCUUCACUAUAUACCUCUUUUGGACUGUUGUAUCCCUACGUUACCACAUUCACCUCUUCAAGACGUGGAAUGAGACAAAUCCCAGUGUCCGGCUACAGAUUCCCCGUCCUGUGAAGAAACACCAGAGACCAAAACAUCUAACAAUGCACUUCUUGUGCAAAUACAAGAAUAAGGAAACCAUGGUUUAGUGCCCGAAACAUCAUCAGGAAGAAAACAGCUGGCUAUUUUGGACAAACCCUGAUUUCAUCAUGGCCCUUAUUUCGAGUCUCACUAAGAUCUGGAGUGAUUUUGAUUUGGGACUUACAUGUGGAACUGAAGCAAAACCUUUUGGAUUUGAAGUGGAUGGUUUAAUCUUCACUUGUGCUUAAAUAAUGGAAGACUUUAAAACAAGGAACUUUUCAGUCAUGAAAUUUCAGCAUCGGAAAAGCGUGUCAAACCGCAGGAAAAGAACACGUCUUUAUAAAUAAACCAGAGAAUGGUGUUGAGAUGAGAAUGACUGAGCUAUUUAUACCUACAGGAUUUACCUUACAAGAUUUUCAUAAUUAUUCCACAGAAUAUAUAUCUAGAUGAACAUACAGUGGCUAUAGGUAAGACAAUCAUACAGAUAUGCACAUCAUUUCAUUACUGUUUGCUUUAUCAUGGAAACACUUGAAUCAUACAGAAAAGUAAACAUGAAAAAUGUGAACGUUUAAUCAUCUUUUAAUCAUUUGAUGUUGUAGCUGAGUUGAAAAGCAUAACACAAAUUCAGUGUAUUUUGUGUGCAUUGUAAAUGUCACAUCAGAAAAUCCAACAUGAGAAAAUGUACACUACCAUUUUUAAAUAAAUGAAUGGUUUUAUUCAGCAACAAUGCAUUUAAUUGGGUGACAGUAAAGCCAUUCCUUUCUAGUCAUGAAUCAUUACUAUUUUUAUCAGUUUCCACAAAAAUAUAUUGUAGCACAACCGUUUUCAGCAUUGAUAAUAAUCAGAAAUGUUUCCUGAGCAGCAUAUUAGAAUGAUUUCUGAAAGAUCAUGUGACACUGAAGAAACUGAAAAUUCAGUUUUACAUCACAGAAAUAAAUUACAUUUUAAAAUAUAUUCAAAUAGAAAACAUCUAUUUUAAAUGAUAAAAUAUUAUAACAAAUAUUAUUAUUUUUACUGUAUUUUGGAUUAAAUAAAUGGAGCAUUAGUGCACAUUAGAAUCUUUUCUUUAUUUAUUUAUUUAUUUUUUUGUAUCCCAAACAUUUAAAUGGUGGUGUAAAGUUGAAAAUUGCUUUUAUUUGAACAAAUUCA